AACUCUCGUCACAAUCACAACUGUCAAAAUCCACACGUUUUCUUGGCGUUGUGUGUUAUCCGGUGUUACAUUUUUAUAGAGUUUAACUUUUAUUUCGGCUGUUAUCAUGUAAAGCUUUCUGUGGGACUCUUGUCCGAUGCUCAUUUAUAAGUUCCUGUCCGGUUUUAUAUUAAACAACGCAAGGAUCAUGUAGCUGCUCAGAAAGGUUGUGAAGAUGUUUCCAAUAGCGCCGCCGACAUCCAUUUAACACAUACAGAUACCGAUGGACCAUACAUAGAGAGCAGACAUCGGCAUGGAGCCCGAGACCGAGCCCGGCCCGCAGGCCCUCAAACUGACCACGAUCGAUUUAGUCGGCGGCAUCCUCUGUAGCAUUUGCCGCUUAACAUUUAAAAAUAAAAAAGAUUACGACUUGCACUAUUCCCAGCACAAUCUUGGUAGAGACGAAAUUGUCUAUACAUGUGUGGUUUGUCUCAAAGAUAUUGCGGGCUACCCGAGUUUCCGCGGACACUGCUAUACCUCACAUGUCAUCAAGGAAAGAUUCAAAUGCGAGCAUUGCAACAAGCUGUUUUCUAAAUCAGGAGCCCUAAAGGACCACAUUGCAUCUCUACACAAAUUUGAAUGCUCAUGCUGCAAGAGAGAAUUCCCAACAAAAAAAGAAAUGCAGCUGCAUAAAAUCAUCCACAUGAAUGACAAACCUCCAUUCAACUGCCAGACUUGCAACGAGAAAGUUGACUGCAUUGAUGCGUGCGAGCAGCACAUUGACAAGCACUCCAUCUCUCUCUACUCUUGCCCCAUCUGCAGUGAGAAAAUUGACAGCAAAGCGGCAGGCGUUGAUCACCUUGCUAUACAUUUUGGCAAUGUACUUAAUUCAAAUGACAGCGACUCAGAUUCCGAACAUGACAAUGACAAACCAGAAGACAGUUCAAUUGAUUUGCUCGGUGGCAUUCUCUGUUCCGUCUGCAGUGAAAUCCACAAGAACCGCUCUGAGAUAGAUCUGCACUUCAGUCAGGAGCACCCGGAGACGAGCGUGAUGUACGGGUGUAACAUCUGCGGCAAGGACUUUGAGAAGUACACACAGUUUGGACAACAUUGCUAUGAGCACAUCAGCAAGAACAGAUACAAAUGCGAGUCCUGCGAGAAGUCAUUCAGCCGUCUGGCGCGCCUGGUGACGCACACGGAGGCGUUCCACGCGCGCGGCGACGGCAGCAGCAAGCCGCUCAGCUGCCAGCAUUGUCCGCAGCAGUUCGCCAGCGAGUUCCGCUUCCGGGAGCACCAGAGACAAGAGCACAACAUCUGCGUCAUCAUGUGCAGCCAGCCUGGCUGCGGGGAAAUCUUCGAAACGCCGAAAGAGCUGGUGCUCCACCAGAAGCAGCACAGCCUGUCCAGCGCGCUGUGGUGCCGGCUGUGCGGGCUGCAGUUCUCGUCGCGCGGCACGGCGGAGCGCCACCUCGACGUGCACCGCAAGAAGACCUUCUCCUGCCCCGUGUGCGCGCGCAAGUACGGCGAGAAGUACCUCCUCAUGAAACACGUGCCGCAGCACUUUGAGACCGUCAUCCACAUGUGCAAGGUGUGCGGCAAACUCUACAACGCCAAGAACCGACUCAUCGAGCACUCCAAAACGCACGCCAACGUCAAAAACUACAAGUGCUCGUUCUGCACCAAAGGCUUCACCUCCAUAUACAAGCUCAAACAGCACCAGAACAUGCACACCAACAUCCGCCCUUACCGGUGCACCGUCUGCACUAAAGACUUCAACAACUACUCCAACUGGUACAAGCAUGUACGGAAAAUACACAACAUCGACCCCAAGACUGUGAAGAAACCUCAACUCCAAAUUGAGAAAGAAAAUGUAUUUGCUAAACAGAAUAAUGAUUUGAUCGACAUGGAUACUUUAAGUGUGAACGUGGACAUGCGGGAGUUGGAAGGGGACGGGUUGAUGGGUGGGAGCGGGAUGAAGGAGAGCUACCUGUUCCUGGAGGCGGCGCACGAGGCGGUGGACCUGGACAGCAUCCACCCCACCCUCGCGCCGGGGACCGCGGCCGAGUUCGCGGUGCUGCCGCCCGCCGCUACCUUCGUCGCAGACGCCCUGCCGCCGGCCCCGGCCAUGCCGCGCGAGUACGGCCCCGACUUCACCGUGGCCGAGUGCGCCGACCUGCUCCACCUCGACGACCACAUGCUGCCCCACAUCGACCCCCUGCUGCCCCACAUCGACCCCCUGCUCACCCUACACCCCUACGAGCCCCAAGAUAAGUGGGAACCCUUCAUUGUCACCAAGUACCAGGGACGCGCGAGUGUCACGGUGCCGAUAGAUAUCAACGGGAGCCGACGAGCCGUCAUGAACACGGACAUCUUUUAAAACGGUAAAACGUAUAGAAGCGUAUAUGAAAAUGAUUGCUGAUUUUUUAACACACAAUAAUAUGUGUUCCAAGCUUAACGGAGAAGGCACUGCAGUCGUUUCAAUAUCCGUCUCUUUUUAUUUGAGUCCAUAUUUCUUCAUCGUAAAGCAUACGGCCCGGCCUGAUUUGGACUUUAAGAUACGUCAAAAAUUUGCUAUAGAUACGAUAUGGAACUGAAACGUCAGUGUCAAAAGUGACGUUUUUCAUGUCAGUAGAAAUACCAAAUACAAGAAAACUAACCAUAGUUGACAAUUUUUUUUCGGUUAUUGACUUUUGGAACCAUUUAUAAUUUUUGGGUUUUUAACCGUAUUUUUUUAAUGUCAGGUUCAAACGGUUCGCUUCUAUACGGUUUUAAAGCAACUAGUUAUAUCCGAUAAUAGAAUUAUUACAUGUUAGUAAUGGUUGAAUGGCGCUCGCUAUGGCGACCCGUUCGACCAACCAGCUACCUCAACCGGAAACGACUAUAUACCUCAGUAACCCAUAAGAAUAUUUUAAUGUAACUGUUGAUAUAUACGUUUAUAAACAUUGUCCCACCAAACGCUAGAUUAAACUUUUAUCCCCUAGCCGCCCAGGAAUCAAAACUUGCCAAGACAAAUGCAAUUAUGAUUUGUCAAAAAAGAGUAAAAAAAUCAAUGGAACGGGAGACUUUAUGGGCCUCUGGGCGGCUAGAGUUUAAAACCAUAUUCAUAAUAAUGCUACCUCAUUUAAGUUAAGUUUUUCUUUUGUAUGUCUAUAUAUAAAGUGAAAAAAAAAGAAAAAAAAACGAAACCACGGAUAAAACCAAUAUGUAUUGUGUAGUAUAUUUGUGCCAUUUCGUCGUGCAUACCAAGCGUAAGAAGCGCUACUGUUCUAUUUUAAGCGUAAACUUUUUUGUGGCAGUCUUUAUUUUAUAUUAUAGCCUAUUUCUAUAAGUACAUGAACUAAGAAAGCGUGCGGGAAACCUCGCUAGCCGAACAAAAACGGUGUGUUUUGAACUCGCUCCAAAGUCUUAGGCUAACAUUGGUGAACAAAAGCUUUGUAAAUAUUCGGUUAUUUUUGCGGCACUUUUAUUACUAUUAUGCUUGAUUUUACGCCACCACCGGCCGCUGACACAAUUUAAAGUAUAUGAUAACUUUAUAAUACUUACAUAAUUUCUUUGCUUUUAUGAGCACAAGUGUGUUGAAAAAUAGCAAUUUUAUAUUAUCAGUGUCUGAUUUGUCCAUCGCCAAAAUAUUCUUAUGAAUUAGUUACUUAUUUAAUAUUACUGUUCAAAUGUUUCGAGAAAAUUUUAUUCGUUUAAAUUUGAAUAAAACAAAAAAAAAUACAAAUAAUAACAAUGGCAAACUUCUUUUUUCUUGCCUUACAAUACACAUUUUAUGAUGCCCGCAUACGUCUAAUACGUUUUUAACGCUUUUAGAACACUGUGUCCUUCCACCACACACGGUUUGAUUGUUAUUAAAUUGUUGUCUGAGCGAUGAAUAGUGUAACCAAGUUUAAAGAUAAACCCAAUUAUAAAUCGCGUCAAUAAGGAUGUAAAGUGGUCUGGUGGUGGCGUUCUGUUUCGUUUCGAUUCCCGUUACAUUAUACUGUGGAGAGCCCAGCGCCAAGCGCCCGGGCCUAGCGUAAGUGAAUCGAUAGUGCUGUGAUAUUUUUAUGUAUAUUUAGUGUUAAGCGUAGAGUAUGACCGUAACGAGUGAGUACAAAGAUAAUGUUAUUUAUCAAGAAAUAAAUGAUGUUUGUAAAGUUUACGCAACGGCACGAGGUGUUACCGUCGGAUCGGCGUGUCGAAUUUAUAGAUAAGUGAACUAGUACAAAGUUUAUUGUGCUAUCAAUUUGACAAUUCGAUUGUCUUGCCCGUGUUAGUUAGGCAGGUAAUAUAUUUCGUAUUUUGUUAAUCGUUGGUCGUCCCAUGAAGGGGCCUCGGGUGGGCCGGAGACGGCGGCGAUUCGGAAACGAUAAAGAUUUAAGAAAACAGCCGGUACGAAAUAUAAGCAGGGCGAGGGCGGCGGGCGCGGGCAACGGAAAAUAAAGUAUAUGACUGGGACAUAGACGACGAUUUUCCUUAUUUAAUUAUUUGGUCAUUGUAUUGGAUGUCUUGUAAAUCCAACUUUCUGUAGACCAGUCAAUGCCCGUGUCCCCGUCUGUGCAAAAAUUAAAAUUUACACAUUUGAAAAUAAAGAAAACGACAAAAUUGACAUCAUUGGUGUAAAUCCACAAAGAUAAAAUCUCGACAAAUUUACUUAUUGAAACAAGAUUCUGAAUUGAUAAUGUUGAUAUAAAGUAUAAAAAAGAAAAAAAAAUAUGCUCCGAAAUAUAUUUUGGAGAGAAUUAUUUACAAGUUGGGGAGGAGUCUUAGUGAUAAACGUAUCCAAAGACUGUUAGGUAUUAUAAGUUCGUUGAACUUGAAUUCGACUUAUAGGGAGUCAGGGAUAUAUCCGAAAAAGAGUCAGAUAUGUGAAAUAAUCGGUACAGCUAUUGAAAAUCAUAGGCUUCGACAAGAAACUGAACAGUGACAAAAUUGCAAAUGGCGUCCCAGUCAUCUACAGGGGGUAGAGAACGGAAGGCAGUAAUGCGACAGGGCCGGACACGGCGAGCGGCAUGCGCGGCUAGACGCCAUGCUUUCGAAAUUUAUAAAAAAAAACAACCGCGUCCCAUUCGAGCCGGACGUUUAAGGACAGACGGACGGGGGAUGCGGUCAAAUGUGCUACAUUGGUUCCCCUUUUGGAUACGCGCGGCGCCGAGGCGGCCGCCGUACCACGAAAUGCUCUCAGCACUCCAUGCUUGAGGCAGUCUAACCAAUAGCGCACGCGAGCGCAAUCCGAUGGCCACGUGGCAAGAGAUUGAACUCUAGUGCGCUGCAAAUAAAGCAUUAACUUGCCUGAAUCGAGCGGCACCAGCCGCGUACCUCUGCAGAGGCUUUCAUACACAAUAUAUGUACUUAUUCAAACUUCUAUAUCCAUGUAAUAAUCGAAACAUAUUCCAUUUUGAUGUAAUUUUCGUUGCAAAGGUGACAAUUGUGAUAUUUGACAUAAUUCGGCUACUGAAUUUAUAUCAGACGUGGUCUGUAGGUGUAGUGUGAUCGAGCCGUAAUGUUUUAUACGGCCGAGCAUGAGGAAUUAUUAUAAGAAUAAGCACCCGUUGUGAUCUUUGCGACCUUUUUGUCCCUAGUUUAUAGUUGUUAGGAUAGAAAUGAGCACAGGGUAUUGUGGUUCUAUUUUAUGGACGUGUUAUUGAUAAACCGAUAUGAUAAGUAAGAGAUAGGCACCCAGCAAAUCAGGCGGUUGCAUAAUACUACCCCAAUACCCGAUCUGUGUACAAAAUAGUUUCCAAAUCUGUCUUUAAAAUUAAUAGUAAGAGGAUUUCUAGCCACGUUCAGAGUCAAGGCGGACACUACAUGAAUGUAAAUUAUUUUACCUAUUUGGCAUUGGACAACCAUGGAAAUAGUGCUUCAAUUAGACUAAUCCUAUCUUUAGCGUUGAUCAAUAUGGUCACCUUAUAAUAUUGCACCAAUGGAUACUAGCCCGAUCCAUGGUUAUACAAGUAAUUAUUUUCGUGUUCAUUCGAACCACGUUAUUUUAUGAAUUCUUAAUUUCCAUAAAUAUUAAAUUAUGGAAAGUGUAGUUUUCUACCAUUUUUUUUAUAUUUUUAGUUUUUUUUUAUCAUUAUAGGUACUUGGUAAAUUACCUAAGUAUUUGAAAUUUAUUAUACUUAUUUAAAGGUAUUUCGUGGUUUUUACAAGUUUUGUUUUGUUUUAUUAUUGCGUUUUCAUCUGGCUUGAUUCUGAACUGGAUAUAGACCGGGUCAGCUAUUUUAAUCUGUGUUAAUUUAAGUGAAACAUUUUGGAUUACAAUAUAAGUCAUGAUAGGAUAUAAUAUAAUACAGAUAAUUCAUUAUUAAGUUUUUAUUCAAUAAAAAAAUUGAAUGGAAUAUAGAUAUAACUAACUUUAUUCGUGUUAAAAGCAUUUCUCCUUGUCUAAGUUGCGUUUUACGACAGAGAUGAAUGGUUUUAGCUUGUGAAUGAAGACGUCUAUGUACCAUUAGCCCGGUCUAUUUCGUAGUAAGCUAUAUCUCUUUGAUCAAAGUUUCUUUAAGGGCUUCGAAAGUUACAUAAGUUAAACUAGCAUUUAUGUUAUCUGAUGUCGUAUUUGGUAUUGAGUGUGAAAAUUUGAGGCGUAACUAGGGGUGGAAGAUAUUUCUGAAUCUGACUAUGUUUUGGUCUCUAAUUUAUAUAUUUUGGAACGUGAUCGUGAUGGAACUAGAAGGGCCUAAAAGCGUUGUCGAUAUUAGCUUUGGUAUGUGUGUAGUGGUCUCAAAUCGUGGUUUCCAACCUCAGUCAUGCCAUGUAGAGCAGAAAAAUCGUUCAAAAACAUAAGUAGAAAAUUUAAAAUUGUCUCAUCUAAUACCAGAAUCGAAUCUGUAAAUUUCGAUACGGAGACAGUAAACUUCAUUUUUAAAACUGACCGUUACUAUUAAUUAGGUUUUAUAUUUUAAAAGUUUUUCCACUACGACCGUAUAUACCUAGCGAAUUAUAUAUUUCUCGUUUGACGUUUCUAUAAACUUCAAAUCGAAUAGCGACCUCCCUAGCUUAGGUUAAAAACAUUACUGUGUUCGAUCAAACCGGUAUAUUCUGUCAACCCCCCCUAGAUACGCUAUCUGAAGUCUGUACAUAAUAUACAUGAUCUACAUCCCUCUAGGGCUCAUACCAAAAGCAUUUAUGGCAUUAAAUACCAUGUCUAUGUAUACGAAUGGCGUCCAUUGUAAGCAGAGAACGUCUAUGCACGGGGUUCUCAAAACAUUACCAAAUUCCAAUACGUUGAAGAAGUGGGAUUUGAAGAUUAUACUGCUCUAGACCUAUGAAAUCAUCUUAUACCCUAAGAAUAGCACGCUCAGUGCUGUUUCUUGCGUACAUGGGCGUAUUGGCCGUGUCCAAGACUGCUUACCAACAGGCGGAUCAUACGGUUAUUAGCCACUAACGUAGUAAAAAAACUGGAGACCCCGCUCUUAAUGAUAUAUAGAGUUCUUAGUUAUGCGUUUAGAACGUAUUCUGUAUCCAUGUAUUUUACAUUACAUAGAUGUUUUAAAUGACACAUAAAAUUCGAAAACUCAUCAGCUUUGACAGCUAUGAUCGUCGCAAUGGCACGACCAUUCUUGACCCCUUUAAGGCGUCGGAGCCCUUCAAAUGUAAAAGUCAAUCAAUACACUAUGUAUGUAAUGUAUUACUGAUGGCAUGACCUUCAUAAGCUGUUGAAAAUAAAGACAUCUUUCUUACAAUGGACCCCUAGGCUACGGUGUGUGAGGGAGACGGCUUGCUCGGUGUAGAGGACCGAUAUAUUUUGUGCGUGAAAUGCUAUUUGUAAAUAGAAAUUAAAUUGCUGUUCUUACAAAUAUUAUUAUAUAGUACCAUCGCCCACGCUGUUAACUGACAGUUCGUAAACCUUAUUACAGAAGGCGUAAGGUCCACCAAUGGACAGUUGAGAGUGCUGCUGUUUGUACAGUGCGGGAUUUUUUAACGUUUACGAAGUUUUUAUGACUAUAGUUCUGUAUUUUAUUAUAAUAGUGGAUAUAUACAUACUACAUACCGAUCUACCUCUGCAUGCCUCUACUACAGUAGGUAAUAUAGCUUUUGUUAUUAAUGUUACAUUUUACACAUUCAAUAUAUUACAACUUAUCCUAUUUUUAAUACAGAUUCAUAAAUUUUAAGGGACAUAGGUUUUACAUUAGUAUGCUGUCAGAUAAUUGAGCAUUAAAAAAUGUGUGCAUGUUGUUUUGUUCUAUAGUAGGAGCCACUUCAUCUGAAUGGAAAUUAUAUUGAUCCUUAAACAUAAUAAACAAUCUGACUAGAUCACA